AUGUUGUCUGCAGCCAUCCGACCGACAACGCGUCUCUUGCGCUUUUGCCAAAACAUUCGAUGCUUCAAGUCGGCAGCAGCAACAUCCUCAACCGUCAAUGCAGCUGAGAUUGCCCAUUUUUCUCGGCUUUCCUCGCUAUGGUGGGAUGAGCAAGGGGAGUUUUCGCUGUUACAUCAAAUGAACCCUGUAAGGGUGCGCUACAUCCGGGAAAAACUCCUUGAGGCCACGUGCGAAGACCAAGGAGAGGAUGCAAGGAGAGAGUUGGAGUCGAAAUGCGCGGUGCUGACUGGUAUGGACGUGUUGGAUGUAGGCUUGUGGAGGCGGUUUGCUCUCAGAGUCUCGCUUAGGCUGGGGGCACGAACUCUUGCUUCGACACAUGCUAGUGGUGAUCCCCAGCUGUCUUCUUUGGGCCAUUCUUUAGGCCAUUCAUUGGAAUAUCGUCAUACUUCUAUAGAGCAGCUUGUCAAAGAGCCCAAGCGGUUCGACGCCGUAUGCUCGAUGGAGGUUAUUGAACACGUAGAUAACCCGGUGGCGUUCCUUUCUGCUUGUGCCCAAUUGGUGAAACCUGGAGGCCAUCUUUUCCUUUCCACGAUUGCGAGGACGCCACUCUCCUAUUUCCUUACAAUUUUGGCCGCCGAAUAUGUCCUCCGCAAGGUAGCCGUAGGGACCCACACGUACUCAAAGUUCAUUAACCCUUCCGAACUUAUAUCGUUCUUCCAAACCUAUCGGUCCUCGCCUUCCUCCUCCAGCAAUCCAACAGAUUCUGAUCAUAUCGGCCCUGGUGCAUCUCCCAGACCGUGGAUAACACGUACGUAUGCUCAUGGUUUACCUACACGAUCAGAAGCGGAAGUGCGAGGAAUAAUAUAUAUUCCAUGGAGCGGAGAAUGGAAGUUAAUGUCCCGUUCGUCUACCCCCUGGGGUGCCGUGGAAUGCAACUAUCUGUUUUGGGUGAGGAGACCCUUGGAUUCGUAG